CAGUGGCUGAAAUAAUAGCAACUCAUAGUUAGCUGAAAAUGGCAGCGUUUGGCGGCACCACCUCAUGGCGACCCUCAUUGCACCUGUUGCCGCCCUGCAAUAGUAAGCUUAGGUCUCACGGCUUCCAUUGCUGCUCCAAUAUUCCAAAUGGGAAAAGUAAAGAAGAAACACAGACGCCGGCGUUGUUGAAGAUGGCCGUCGGCGGUGUGACUGAACUCCUUAGGCUCCUUUCUCCCGCUGGGAAGGUUUUAGUUGAUAAUGAAAGGGAAAAUGAGAUUCGCGUGUCGAGUGUAAAUGAGGUUCUUUCAAUCAUCAAAUCUGAUUAUGAGAACGCUUACUUUGUAACAGGGCUCUUCACUUCUGCCAUUUAUGAUGAGGAUUGCACAUUUGAAGACCCGACAAUUAAAUUUCAAGGUAGAGAAUUAUAUGCACGCAAUUUGAGAUUACUUGUACCUUUCUUUGAUAAUCCUUCAAUCCAUUUAAAGGAAAUAAAGAAGGGCCUUGAUCGCAAGAAAAGCUUCAUUGUUGCUUCAUGGAGUCUCAGAACAUACCUUAAACUUCCAUGGACACCACUCGUCUCGGUAGAUGGAAAAACGAUUUAUGAUCUCGAUGAAGAAUACAGGAUCAUAAGGCACGUUGAGAGAUGGAAUAUUUCUGCACUUGAAGCAAUUAUUCAGAUAUUUACUCCUAAUUUUGGAAGGCGCCUAGACCAAUGAAGAAAACAUACCAUUUUAUUAGCUUCAAGGAUAUGAAGCCACAGAUGCUUUGCAAUCUCCACUGACCAUGUCUUAAUCAAUCCAUAGUAAAACUCAUGGGUGAAAAAAACAUUAUAUGUGCGUGUUCGUUGCAUUAUGAUAAACUCUCUUUCGAGUAAACGUGGCCACAACUUGUCCCAAACAUUUUUUUUUUUUUUUUUUUU